AUGAUGCCCCUCCGGCUCACUAUCUUCUUCAUAACCAUCUAUGUGCUCAAAUCCUUGAGAGUAAUUAUGCAGAGGAGCUUAAUGUUUGCAGUGCUGGGAGAGUGGGUGCAGGCCAAAAGGCUGUCAUCGGUGGACUUGAGUCUCAUCUGCCUGGGUAUUUGCUGCUUCUGUCUACAGUGGGCAUCUGUCUUAUACAAUUUUUGCUCCUAUUUUAACCCUAACUAUGUAUUUUGGUACUUAUCAAUCACCUGGGAAUUUACUAAUACUCUUACUUUCUGGUUAACCAGCUUGCUUGCUGUCUUCUACUGUGUCAAAGUCUCUUCCUUUACCAGUCACCUCUUCUAGCUGAGGUGGAGAAUGUUGAGAUUUGUUCCUUGGCUGUUGCUGGGUUCUUUGUUGGUUUUUUGUGUGUCAAUCAUCUUUUCAACUAUUAGGAAUUGUGUCAACGUUCGCUUAAUCACCAUGGGGCGUUUCUCUACAAACAGCACUAUGGUUAAGGGACUUAAGACAUUCCAUUUGUUUACCAUAUCUCAUCUAAUGGUUGCAUUGGUUAUUCCUUUCCUCCUGUUCCUGGCCUCCACCAUCAUGCUCAUGGCCUCACUGUUCCAACACAUGGAGCAGAUGCAACACCAUAGCACUGGUCACUGCAGCUCCAGCAUGAAAGCUCACACCACUGCCCUCAGGUCUCUCACCAUUUUCCUCGUCCUCUUCACUUCUUACUUGCCGACCCUACUCAUCUCUAUUAUGAGUAUCUCAUUGGAUAAGAGGUCUUGGUUCGGGGCUUGUGGAGCUGUCAUCUGUGCUAUAGUCUCUAUUCACGCUGCUUAA